AAACCGAAAGUCCACACCGACUCAUGGCAAAUCUUUUCAAUCUCGCUUCGCGAGCCUUCGCUACCUACCCAGGCCUUACAACCCAGACAACUAACCAAUUUUUUAGUGCCGUAGUUGUACGGCGUUCUACCAAGUUCUCAUCCAGACAUGGAGCUCUCCAAUUUACUCCUUUCUUAUAUCUCUCCCUCCUAUUAAUCACAUGCCUCUUUUUCGUACAGAUGAGGAACCUAGUUCAAGGUUACUUGACAGCGAGAAUCCGGUCAGACCGACCCAGACUUUCCUCCCAUCCGAAUACUCAGGAGCACACCCGACUCUUCUCCUUCUCCUCCAUGCAACCGUCCUCGUCCUCAUCGCCGUUCUCCAGUAGUCCGAAGAACGAAUGCUCUUCAUCCACCGAAGAAGAUACAAGGCUCUCUCAAUCACGAUGUCGCCUGCCAAAUACCGGGCUCGGGACCAGGAUUUGUAUCAAUACAAUGGGGACUAGCACAUCAGCACGGUGA